UAUCGGGGAUGCGUACGUACAUGUACGUACGGUAUUCAAUAAUAGACUGUGUUUUGCUGUAUAUAAACAUGGCGGACACUGUCACAGAGAAACCUGUUGUUGAGGAAGCUUAUGGGAGUGGGGAUGGGCCCAGAGACACAAUCAAAGAAGGUGACAUUGUCGGUCAGUCUUUUGAGAAUGAAGAUGGGGCGGACAUCGAAGCUACGUUAGACACAGAGGAAGAAUUUGGUGGCGCUGUGGAUGAUGCACAUAAAGUGUUGAAACUUCAGUCUCCAUCGGAUGAUUCCAUUGCAACAUUGGGGGUGGAUCAGCCUGAGGAGCAGAGAGGGGUGACAGAAGCCACGGCAGAUCAAGCAAUGGAACCUGAUAACUAUGAAGACAUAGCCAAACAUAAUAUCAUUCAAGUUGGAGGAGACGAUAGCGCAGGGAGAAAGCUGAUCUUUAUCAAUUGCAGCCGAUUUCCUCCCAGCAAGUCUUACAACCAGAUGAGAUUACUUGGGUACAUGAAGGACACCUUAAAUAAGUAUGUGGAGAAUGACUAUAGCCUGGUGAUCUUCCAGUAUGGCUUGACCAGACAGAACAGGCCCUCAUGGAAAUUCUUGGUCGAGGCAUACAAAAAUCUGGAGAGAAAUCAUGCCGAUACAAGGUACAAGAAGAACUUGAAGGCCUUGUACAUUGUGCAUCCAUCUCAAAUUGUUAAGAUGAUUUGGGGCAUUUUCCGCCACAUCGUCAGUGUGAAAUUCAGUCGCAAGGUUACAUACAUCCACUUCCUGUCAGAGCUUGGGGAAACAAUUGAUAUGAAGAAAGUUGAGAUUCCUGCAGUUAUCCAAAGUCAUGAUGAUCAGUUGGUUGCUUAUUACAAGGCCAAACAAACUGCUUCUCCAAAAUCUGCAACCAGCACAGACGGUCAAGUUCCUACUAAAGAGACACUUCCUACACAGCAGUUUGGAGUCUCGUUGGAGUUCUUGAGAGAGAAUGGAGCUGAAGGAGCUAUCCCUAAAGUUGUCAGAGAGACAGUUGAAUACCUGAAGAGAAAUGGUUUGAGAACGGAGGGACUGUUUAGGCGAUGCCCCAAUGCUAUAACUGUGAAGAAAGUCCAAGAAAUGUACAACAGAGGUGAUCCAGUCAACUUUACGGAUGUAGGAGAUGUCCAUGUUCCAGCUCUUCUCCUGAAAGCAUUCUUUCGAGAACUUCCAGAACCAAUCAUGACCUUUGACCUAUACGAUGACAUUCUCAAAAUUCACAAUCUUCAAGACAACACAGACAGGGCAGAAGAAUGCAAGAGUUUAAUCCACGACAGGCUUCCUGAGGAGAACAGACUCAUCUUCACAUACCUUAUGAAACUACUCAGAGAGGUAUCCUGUCUUAGCAGUGAAAACCAAAUGUCUGACUCCAACCUGGCCAUCGUGUUUGGUCCUAACUUGGUAUGGUCUCGAGAUGCAUCCGCUUCACUCUCGGCUAUGGCUCAGAUCAACUCCUUCAUCGCCACCAUACUCUUCAACUAUGAGCACAUCUUUCCAAACAACACCGACGCAGCAACCAUGUCGGAGAGAACCGAUGGAGAUGGAGCUAAUGAAAAAGAACUCACCUCAAAGGAAGACAAAACGGCAGAAGAGUAACUCUAUCAUUCUAUCGAUCCUGACACCAAAACUAAUAAUAUACACUUGAAGAAUAUUUAUUUGUAAAAAUAUACUCUAGAAAAAGUACAAGGUAUUAAAAAUGGAAAUUUGAUUGUACACAAAACCAAAAUGAGUAGUUUAUUUUUAGCAAGUUUUUGGCAUGCAUGUGCAUGUAAGCCAGUGACUCGGGUUCGAUUCCUUGGCGGGGCAUUUUUUCAACCUUUGCAAAGAAUUCAAAAAGAGAGGAAGCAAUGGGGAUUAGAGCUACACACCAUUAUUCUUUUAUUUUAAUUUCUCACAGGAGGCGCGAUUGGGGUAGCUCAGUCGGUAGAGCAGUGGUCUCGUAAUCCGGUAACCCGGGUUCGAAGCCAAGGUGAUGCGCUAGUGCCCUUUGGUAAGGCAGUAAUCCUCACUACCAG